AUGCUUGGCCGCAAGAACCCGCUUGGCGCAAAGCGGGGAGCCGUCGUGGGUGCUGGAGGUGCCACAGUCAAAAGCAAGGCGAAAGACUGGCGAGAGCAAGUAAAGGAGGACGAGGAGGACAAAGCCGUCAAUGACGAUAUAAAUCCACAGGUAGAUGAAACAAGAUUCUAUGUUUAAUAUCUACGUACCCUGUUUUAGCGAUAGAGAGAUUGUUUCAUUGAUGUUUGAAGAUACAACUGCAUUUUUACUACCACUGUUGGCAGCACGGCCCCUGUCCUCUCUAAUGAAUUUUAUACAAACUUUCCUUCAUCACUUUUUAGCUGACCGAGAAAGAGCUGGAGGAUUUCCGGAAACAGACCGAGAAGGAGGAGCGGGAGGAGCGGCUACAGCGGGCCAAGGAGCUUCUCGAGAAAAAGGCGAAAGAGGAGCAGGGCGAAGGGAUGAACUCCGGGAAGAAGAAAAAGAAGAAGAAAAAACGGGAGUUCGCCUGGAUGGAUUCGGAGGACGACGAGGAAGCAGCGACCGGCAACGACGACAACGGCAGCGGCGACGACAGUAGUGACGACGAGCAGAAUUACGCGAAUGGCACAGCGUCAACCUCCGCUACCGGGGGCCAUCAUCGUCGUGGUGGUCCUCACGUCCGCGAGGUGACGAAAGAGGAACGGGACCGCGAGCAACAGAUGAACGCGCUCACCGGGCCGCCGGCCAACCGGCCCAUUCCCGCCUGUUUCGCGGGCCGCGAGCACCUGUAUAAGACGAAGAUCUGCCAGAAACAUUUGAAGGGCUAUUGUCAGUGGGGGGACAACUGCCACUACGCGCACGGCACGUCGGAACUCCGAACUGCGGCAGGUUUCACGGUGCCGCCCGCAGGACUGGGCGUGGGAGGUGUACUAGCGGGGGGAGGAGCAGGCAUGAUGGGCGGCCCGAACAGUUUCGUGAUGCAACCUGGUAUGUUCGGAGCAGGACCACUACAACCACAGCAGCACAUGAACCAGCAGCGCCCUCUGUUGCCGUUUCCCGUGCAGUAUGGAUUGUAAAAAUGUCUGGGUCUGGAAGGUUGUGAGAUUUGUCAUGCAUAUUUCUCAUGACCCAUGAUGCCUGUAAUGCAUGACCUAGCAUCGCAGACAUCUAGAGGGCUUCCUGAUGCACCUUCCGCAUGAGAAAUGCCCUGCCCGUGUAGCACAAACGGUGUCCCUCUUGCUGGUCAUGCAAUACAAAAUUUUUUAGAGUCCAAAAACAGCAUGACAAGUUGCAAUCUUCCAGACCCAGACAUUUUUGCAUUUCAUAUGCAGGGCUUUUCCAUCCAGGGCCCGCAAAACAGCGUGAUUCCGGGGCCCCCGCCCGAGGGCACAGUCCCCAAAGCCGCUGGCCGGGUGGUCACCAACCUGCCCUACCACAUGUUUGCAAAUACAGCCAGUGCGGCGGCGAACAACAGAAGUGGAUCAUCUACUUCCACGGCGAUCUUGACUGGAGGCAAGAGCAGCGCUCCCUUCGCCGCGACCGCCACGGCCUCGAGUAUGGGCGUGCCAGGAGGAAUUGGCGCACCACAAAGUCGUGUUGUUACAGGAGUAGUCCCUCAACCAGCCGCCAGCGUGCGCUCUCGGUCCCGCAGCCCACGGCGUAGUCCCCCCUCAACGUCUUUGGCCCCGCUUCCCCCGAACUUUAACGCGACUAUGAAGGGCGUAGCGGGAGGAAAUACAACAGGAACAUCAACUUCUUCUAGUACAGGAGUUGCUGCUGCCAUACCACCAGUUCCAGCUGCUGCAAAUGCUGUGUCUCCGGUGAGCAGCGCCGCUCAGCAGGGGGCCGCUUACCAGCACAUGAUGGCCACGCAGAUGCAGAUGAUGCAAAUGAUGAGUAUGCCCCAGAGCGGGACAGUACCACCACAGCCCCCCGCGCCGCCACCGCCUCCACCUGCGCCUUAGUGAUUUCAUCGCUCCCUGGUUCAUCUUGCCCUAGUUCCUGUAUGACGACCAAAGAAAACAAGUCACCGCCUGCUGCGCAUCAUCUAUGUACCUGAUGCGUCUACUUUCUUUUCAUCCUCCGUCUGGCGCAGGAGGGCGAACGCAAGCCGCUGCAUCAUCAGGUUCUUGAAGAUCAUGAAACUGUAGUGCGAUAACCGAAUUCAACAGCCAACCUUCUACGUUCACUUGCUGGUACUUCAGUGCUGGCAGCUCGUGGUGCCGUGCUAUCCGUUGUGUCAGGACGAGAUCUUCGGACUCCGACUCCGUCCCUCGUGCCAUAGUUCAACGAGGAAGCUGCAGAACAAACCAGGCCAGCAGUACAACGGGACAGUACUACUCCUGAGCAGUGGUCUAGCCAGGCUGCCAGCUCAGCAUCUCUUCCCAUGAUAGCGCAAUCUGCGUCGAUACCGUGAUGCGAUAAAUCAAGUAACAGUCAUUUGCAUUUUUCCAUUUGUUUCAAAUUUAGGCACAUUUCAGUAGCGCAAUCAUAGGUGUUUGAUGUUUUCUUAUAUCAUACCCGUAUCCGUAAAGUUGUCUUUUAGAAGGUGCCGAGUUGCACAUAGCAUGAAAGUAGAGUAGACUGGUUUUUAUGGUUUCACCUUACGCUUAGCGUUUUGAAGUUUUUUGCAUGAAAAAGGUAGUCACAGCUUCAUAAAUAUGUCUGGUUCUCCAUAUGAAAAUUUCUUCGAUUCUCGGCAAGAUCCUCUGUGAUGGGAUUCGCUAAUUUUGAACAUAUGAUUCUUUUGUUAAACCAUAGAAAAACAACCACAUGAAUUGAAAAACACAGAAGCCCCUGUUCCUGGUGUGGUGGAGAAAGAAGUUGUCUAGGACCACUUCAUCUUCGCAUCAUCAUGCUGCCCCCGCUUAAACAAGAAGUGCUGUGUCGUGACUGACGUCGUGUGUGGCGCGAGCGGAUGUUGUUGAAAAGAAGUGCUGGUCCCCAUACUAUAUCCAAGGAGAAGAUGACGCUACACCGUACACGACGCUGCUUUGCAUGAAAAAUUUGCUGGUCUGAGGAUCAUGUUCCUUCUCCAGAACCUGACACACUGAAAGUGAUAACCCCAAGUCAUGAAAAAAGGGCAGAUGCUGCACCACCGGCACCGGCGGAAAAAUGCAUGCUUGAUUUUCAGGAGUUGGAUGCACACGUACCAGUGAAAAAACUCCUUUCCCACUGCACCGGCAAGUAGACGAAAAAAUGCUGAAUACGAUGGAGUGAUUUUCUCCUUGCAUAUUCCUGGGCCUCACACAACAACUUGCGAUGAGAAAAGACACAUAGCGAUAAGAACUACUAAAUCCUCACACGAACAAAUACCUCGGAAACAUACGUCGUCAAAGAACUUUGCGCGGUAAUUGUGUUUGCAAUCUAUACGAUACUCUACUUCAUUUGAUGUCACCUCGAGUUGAUGUAGAGUUGAUCUUGAUGGAGAACUGCCUGCUUCGUUUGUCGAGCGUUCUUCUACUUUCUUGUAGUUUAGUACUACAUGGCAGUUGUGUAGAAAGAUCCCUUGAUGUAUAAGUUCGACAAAAACCUCCUGCAUGCAGAUCGCCAUCCCGAACGAUACUGCGAUGAUCAUGAUGCAUUGAAUUAUCCUUAAACAACUCAAAGGUGUGCACCUCCUGGAACAAGAUGGGAUGGCGAAGAACACGACACCUCGCAGCACUGUGAUCUGCACGAGCAACAGCAACGACUACAACCACGGUUGAUGUUCUUAAUACGACUACUACUAGCCGCGGGAACUGCAAGCUGCCAGACCACACUAGGUUGGAGAGCUGCCGGCCUUUGCAGAUCAUAAAGCCGAGUCCGUGGUUGCGACGACGUGGUGGCUGGUUUCUUUCACAGUGUGGACAUCAAGACGUGCCUUCCUUGCGACUUUGAGACGUAGUACCAGCUGGACAGCACAAGAACGACGACAGGAGCGGGCGGUGGCGGCUUGAUGUAGCUAGUUGUUCCGCAGAAUAUUAAACGCCCUCCCUCACGAGCGAGUCUGUACGGUGAAGACGCAAAGGGAUGAUCCACGAAGACAGGCCUGGACCCCAGCAACGCGAGAUGUGCCAGGGGCAAUGAAACGCGGUGCCGGAAGCAGGAAGUGGAGUUCUACGUGUUCGUGGAGGGGAUCAGACAUCAGUGACUGAUUGAAUGACAAAGACCGGCACGCACGACUUCUCAAUCUGCGAUGACGAGGUCUUCUGUUAGAAUUGGCACCAUUGCAGCAAGUUGCAGAGGUAUUCCAAGCGAGCUGAAGGCACUGCGGCUGUUGAUUUGGCAUGAAGACCACUAGAGGAGAAUAGCACAAUUAUUUUCAAAACCAAAAACGCUUCUACUAGAAGCAUACACAGCGACAAUUGAUUUGCAGCUGCGGCACCUCGUGGGUCGUGGUCCGACUUUAUCUCUCGGCGACUUUUGCUUUAUUCAACCAACGACAUGAUCAUGAAGUAUAGAUAUUGUGAUAAACAUGCCACAGCGUUUCAUUCUGGUGAUCGUGC